AAACGAACCGGACGCACACUUUCCAACCGUACGUCGUCCGGGUGAGAUGUGAAGCUGUGCUGCUGCUGCUGCUGCUACUGCCGUAAUACGAAACGGAUUUGUUUUCCAAGCUGUUCAGAUACACCAGCCAGUUUAGGUGGUCGAGGAAAAACACCGGGAAGUUGUUGAAGUUUGAAACGCGCAAAGGUGUUAAGAAAAAAACAGAAAUCCUUAACAGUAAGCAAGAAGUGUUUAUCGAGCGGGAAUUAAUGUUGGAGUGUUUGGUGUGUUGCGAAGAAUACAGUUUUCCAAGUGGGAAAAUUUUCCUCGAUCGCGAUCGUCGUAAGCGAGCAUCCUAAAGGUCUGAUCCAGCAAUCAAACGGACGGUGAUGAGUGCGUCGCAAAGUGUCCGUACCUUUGAUCGUGCUGUCGGUAGUGUGAAGCUAUUGCUGAUGGGAAGACAAAGCUGGUUAGUGUAGUGAUUGUGACGACAAAAACAGUGUGUUUGUGUGUGUGUGUCAAGUGUUGUGCACUAUGAGAAAGAAAGGGGAAAAGGUGAAGCUCUUCCAACAAAACGAAGAAAAAUAAAUCUCACGUUCUCUCAACAAGACGAAAUGUAACGAAGCUUGAGAAUCAUGUCUAGCCAACGAUGUGGAAGUGCUUAAGUGAAGUAGAAAAUACAUUAUCUUGAUCAAAUAAAAGUGAUUGAGAGAGGAAAGCUAAAAGUGUUAUAAUAACGAAGCAAAAGCCAGUGAAUCUCAUCGGUAAAACAUUCUACGCGCCAUUAGAACGUAACAUAGAAAAAGUCAUCAAAACAAUGGCGUUUCGGUGUCGAAGAAACAACCACUGGACGGCACUGACGGUGACAGUGCUAGUUCUUAUUACCACAUACACGCUACCCAGCGUACGGUGUCGAUCGGCCAACGUUAACUCACCGAACCAUCCACACAGCCGACACCAUCGGUCAAACAUAUCGAUCGAAAGCAACUCGAUUCAGCGGCUCGAUGCGUCCGGUGGUCACAGACAAACGGGGCUGGGAGGUGCAGGAGGAGGUUACAACGGCAUGUCCAGCCAGCCACCGCUCCUGAAGCGAGUGUUUCUCUCGAAUCGGACGGUCACGUGUAACGAUGGCUCCCAGGCCGGGUUUUACCUUCGUAAGUCGCCCGGCUCUCGUCGGUGGGUAGUGUUCUUCGAGGGUGGAUGGCAUUGCUACGAUCACAAAUCGUGUCGAACGAGGUGGCUCAAGCAGCGUCACCUGAUGACAUCCGUCCAGUGGCCAGAAACGCGAGAUGUUGGUGGCCUCCUAUCGGCAUUACCAUCGGAGAACCCGUACUGGUACAACGCGAAUCACGUGUUUGUUCCGUACUGCAGUAGUGACUCGUGGAGUGGAACGAAAAUCCGUCCAGACACACGCGACGGACUGCGAUUUAUGGGCUCACUCAUCGUGCGGCAAGUGAUGUCCGAUCUGGUUCCCUUGGGGUUGGGCCACUCGCAAGGAGCAGAUCUCUUAAUGGCCGGUUCUUCUGCGGGAGGACUGGGUGUGAUGCUGAACCUUGAUAAAGUGCGAACGUUUCUACAGAACGAACGAGGUCUUAAAGUAAGCGUACGCGGUGUUAGCGACUCGGGGUGGUUCCUCGAUCGGGAACCAUACACUCCCGGUGCAGUUGCUGCCUCGGAAGCCGUACGACAGGGCUGGAAAAUGUGGGACGGUGCGUUACCGCAGGCUUGCGUUGCCGAACACGCGAAGGAACCGUGGCGUUGUUACUUCGGCCAUCGCCUGUACAACACGCUGAAAUCUCCUCUAUUCGUGUUCCAGUGGCUGUUUGAUGAGGCACAGAUGCGUGCCGAUAGUGUUGGUGCACCGGUCACACCACAGCAGUGGGACUACAUACACGACAUGGGUGGUGCACUGCGUGAGUCGCUCAACAACGUGUCGGCCGUGUUUGCUCCCUCGUGCAUCGGCCAUUCCGUGCUAACCAAGCGCGACUGGAUGAAGAUCAAGAUCGACGACAUCUCGUUGGCGGACGCGUUACGCUGCUGGGAGCAAUCGAAUGCGGACGAGCGCCAGUCACAGUGGCGCUCGAUCAACCGAAGUCCACAGAAACUCCACCGCAAACACAAUGGCGGGCGCAGGAAGAACAAACAGCAACAGCAACAACAGAAACAGAUCGGUUCGGUGAGCCUGGACACUUCUUCCGACCGGCCGCCACGUCCGAAGCUUACCAAAGAGGAGCGAGAGCGUCGACGGCAGGAGCGCCGUAAGCGCCAGAACCAGCGCAAACAGAACGGGCCUGGCAAGGCGACCCCAACCGAAACCACCGGCACCCAGCUCGGUUUAACGAAAGUUCCUAAACUAGAACGAAUGCCAAAAAAUAGUACUACCAGCACGGGUAGCAUCAAACCCACGGCCAACAAUCAACCGAAGCGGCACAACCACCGGCAUCAUCCACCGCAGCAGGACCUGUCGCUCGGUGUCCGGACGCCCGCGGUAGCUCUGUUGAACGAGCCAACGCCACCGACUCCCCCGCACAAGCUGCGGAACCAGAACAAGAAGCGACUGAACGGCCAUCGGAAUCGAAACCGAAAGGCACGAGGUGGAAACGGUGGCGGUGGAGGUGGAGCGGGUGGGAAUGGCCGGAAUCGAGCACCCCAGCCGGUGGACAUUGCGGAACCAAAGAAGUGCUCGUUGCGGUUGUUGGAGCGUUGCAGCUGGCCCCAGUGCAAUCACUCCUGUCCGACGCUCACCAACCCGCUGACCGGCGAGGAGAUGAAGUUCCUGGAGCUGUUGGCCUCGUUCGGGCUCGAUAUGGAUGCGGUCGCGACCGCACUCGGUGUCGACAUGCAGACGCUCAACAACAUGGACCAUGCCGAGUUGGUGAAUCUGCUCACGCAGCAGGUAACGUAGCCGGUCGGGGCGGGCGUAAACACCGGCACACUCAUCCACCGUGGAGAAGGGAAAGCAAAACCAUCGCCGACCAGUCGGCUUCAUCAUUCCAAAACAAGCCAAAAGAUUGUACUUAAGCGUUAAGUGCCCGUCCUAUUACCUGCGCCCAUCUCCCCAGCUGAGCGCCCGGAAAAGGAGAUCCUGAGCACUGUUGUUUUUUCCGUCCACAGCAGGGAAGGAAUCUUCCGUCGAGACCAACUUCCAACCAACAAUUUCCCGACCAUAACACCGCGCAGACUGAACGUUUGUUCGUGAAGUAUUUAUUUGUUUGUAGAGAGAGAGAUAGAGAGAGAGAGAGAGAGGAGUCGAAAUGAGCAGAACUGUCUGAUAUUAUGAAGAAGGAAGUCGUCCGCCUGUGAAUACUCACCCGAGCAGAAGAAGUGACAGGAAGGAACAGAAGCAACAACUUCCAACGAAACUCAAGAUGUACACAUCAAGCUAAGCCCAGUAUUCUCGUAUAGUAGUAGUAGUGUAGGGAGCGCACCCUCCGAUUAGCAUGUAGACAACAGUGGAUAUUUAUUUGACCCUUGUACCGCGACCCUGUACAGUAGAGCCCGAUCGCGGAGAACCACGAGAAGAGUGUAAAUAGAAGCAGGAAGCUCAAGUGUCCAGUAGUGUAGUGUAAGGCGGCCCCGAACGAAAUGACUACCUCACCGAAUGAAUGAACGCGAUCCGUGGUGAAUGAACAGUGGAAUGAAUUCUAGUGUGUUACGAGUGAAUGCGUAAGUAAGCUAGGUUUAAUCUGUAUUAUCUGUACCUGCGCUUAGUCAUACGUUUUAGCAGCAUAUACGUUUUACAACCGGAAUCGGAACGUCGGCAGUUUUGUGGCGGGUGUGGCACUCAUCACCCAGAAACAGCUCGAUUUUGGGCAGCAAACCGAUACACAACCCCGAGUUAGGCGUGGAUUUUAGGGUGUUUUAGAGCACGUUUUGUACAUAUAGUGUUGAGCAUUAUUUAUAGAUAGCAUUUAUACGUGGAGACCCCCCCCCCUCCCCUUCUCCCCUAAUACAGCAGUGUUUAAACUCUAAGCAAGGUUACGAUGCCAGUUGGGAGUUGUGAGUGGCGAGUCCGAGUCGGACCCAGCACGGAAAGUAAUUGACAGAUAUUUUAAAAUAAAAACCAAUCCAACCAAUUCAAACAAAUAA